AUGACUAUAAGAAUUCGACGAAUAAUAGUAAUAUUUAUUGUAAUUUUAUUUUUAUUAAUUAGUAUCUUAUAUCAAAUUACAUCGAAUAAUAAAAGAAAAUUUUUAAUAACAAUUGUUGAUUAUCGCUGGAAUCCUAUAGCAAAUCUAUCUAUUCGAAUGGAAUUAGAAGGAAAACUUUAUCAAGAGAUGUGUACAAAUAAUUAUGGCCAAGUAAUAGUUUUUUUGAAAAAUAAUCUUAAUAAUACAGAAUAUCUAGAAAUAUUAGUCGAUGAUAUUCAUGAGAAAAUUUUACCAAUACAUGAAGAAAUAACAAUACGACUUAAUAUGAUUAAUCAAAAUACAGGUGAAAUGUAUGAUGAUGAAAGAUUUAAUUAA